AUGGAUCAAAGAAUUGAUCCUGAGAGUAAUCAGGUUUCUGAAAUAUUUCUUGGAGGUGUUGAUGCAUUUAUUCAAUUUGCGUGUAAUCAAGAAGAUUACAAAGAAAGAGAAACUUUGUUGUGUCCGUGUGCUCGAUGCAAAAAUGUGAAGCAACGUGAAGCAAGAGUUGUCGCACGACAUCUAUUCUUGUACGGUUUCAAGGGAAAUUAUUAUUUUUGGACGAGUCAUGGAGAGAAAUUCAACGAUGUUGGUGAGAGUUCCGGGGUGAAUCAUUCGACGGGUGAAGAAGAAAUGUUAGAGACUCCUAUUUGGAAUGCUUAUGAAGAUCACCACCAGAAUAUUCCAGAGGUACCCGCAGACAUUGCGCCAGCUUACAUGCCGGAAGCUAUAGAAGAGACAGACAUAGCACAACCCUAUCAUGAUAGUGUUUUUGAAGCAUUUGAAGCAGCGACUCAACCUCUCUACGAAGGAUGUGCAGAAGGAAUUUCUCAGUUGUCUCUUGCUUCGCGGAUGAUGAAAGUGAAGACAGAUUAUAAUCUACCAGAAGCUUGUGUAGAUGAGAUAUCUGAAGUAUUUAAAAACAUACUUCCGCAGCCAAAUAAAGCUCCAGCAACAUAUUACGAGACAAAGAAACUGACACGGUCGCUUGGGUUACCCUUACAGAAGAUUGACGUAUGUGUGAAGAACUGUAUGUUAUUUUGGAAGGGAGACGAUGCGAAGUUGGUCAGUUGUCGGUUUUGUGGAGAAGAUCGCUACUACCCAAAGAACGGAAAAGGUAAAAACAAACCGAAACAGAGAAUGUUUUACCUCCCAAUAGCAGAUCGUCUGAAACGUCUAUACCAACUUGAGGCGACAUCUUCCAAUAUGCGGUGGCAUAAGGAACCUGUAACUCCGGAAGGAGAAAUACAUCAUCCAUCUGAUGCCAUAGCGUGGAAACACUUCAGUGAGUUAUAUCCUGGAUUUGCUGCUGAAAGCCGGAAUAUUUAUCUAUGCUUAUCAACGGAUGGGUUUAAUCAGAUUGACUACUAUGGCCUCAAACAGGAGAUUAUGAUGGUGGAGUAUCAUGGUGAUGUUGGCUUGAAGGUCAUGAUUUUUAAAUGUUUGUGGUUUGACACCACGGAAAAUCGCGGUAUGAGAAUACAUCCAUCUGGUCUUGUUGAUGUCUCACCACGAAGACAAUAUGCAAAAUAUGAUCCUUUUGUAUUACCUGGUAAUUGUGAUCAAGCAUGUUUUAUUUCUUAUCCACGGGUACGUCGACAUUCUGCCGAUGAUUGGUGGGCAUGCGCAAAAAUUAUUCCUCGAGGAAUCCGAGAAACGUCCGAAAUUGCUUUAACUGCGUGGCAGGAUGAUAGACGUGACCAAGUUGCAGAAAGUUCAUUGUUACGGGUGGAAACACAUGUUGUUGACGAUGUUUCUGAUUAUGAUCUUGCCCCGGUGAAUCCUCCAAACGAUGAAUAUGUAUCAGAUGUUGAGGUACAAUCAGACGGUGAUUUAGAGUAG